AUGAUAUUUUAAUGUCUGAAUAGUUUGUACAAACAUUUUACUGUACAUAAUAAUAUUUUGCACAUGUAUGGAACAUUUGAUGAAAAUACAGAAUAUUACAAUUUGUUACUUGUUAUGUAUGUAAUUGGUGGCGGCUCGUGGCUUGGACGACGGGACGAUCGCAACCCCUACUAAAAUUAAUUAAUAAAAGAAAAUUAAUUGUACAUUCCAAUUCUACAUUUUUAUUAAAAAUGCAAAUUUUUAUAUACUAAAAUAGUUGUAAUAAAUUUGUCAUGUGCGAACAUUUAAGUUGUUUCCCUCAGUAUAUGCGGGUGGCAUACACACACGAGCAGUGUUUGAACGACCGACAGCGUCGUCCAUACGGUAAAAUAUUGGUAUAUGAUUUAUUUGGGUAUUUUAUUUUUAGAAUUAUCUACGUGUACGAUCGUCGUUAUCGCUGAAUCAAAUGAAAAUGAAUUUCAAUUUCCUCAUCUUAUUGAGACAAGUAUGACUGAAACAGAUUUAAAUGAAUUUAAAUAUCCUCGACCAAUUGAGUCAAGAUCUUCGGGUUUUUUUUGUAAUGGUUGUAUGAAUUGUUGGAUGAUUUGUGAGGAAAAUAAUCGAAUUUUAUUAAAUUGUGGACAUCAUGUUUGCAAAAAAUGUGAUCAAAUUUAUCAUGGAAAAUACUCUAAUUGCACUUUUUGUUCAAGUGUAAAGUUUCACGAAAAAUAGUAUUAGUUAUAACAUUUUAAUCAAAAACGAAAUAUCUAGUACUAAACUUUGAUAUCGUUAUAAUAGACUUUAUGAAAUAAUAAAGCUUAUUAACAUUUUUGA